AACACCCGCAGGGAAACUUUCCGUACACGGGUGUUCGCGACGACUGCUACCUGGGCACGGUGUCCUUCUUCCUCCUCGACACCUUGUGCGCGGAAACGCCGGACGACUUUUUCAACAAACUGAAAAACGUCCUGCUCUACCUGGAAGGGUUGAUCUUUUACGGCGACGCCGACAGUGAGGUCCGGCAGGAGUUUGGGGACAGCAAGGUCGAAAUGGGCAAGGCGAUCCACGACUAUGACAGUGAACAUUCAGAGGAGCAAAAGUACCGCGCCAGCGUCUACUCCGGGGACGUUUUCAACGCAACUGGUAUUUCCGCUGGACGAAAUGCUGACGCUGCAACAGAGGUGGCGGCGUCACCAGACACAACUUCGCAAAAGUUUUCGACGAAGGAGCAGGCUGCCUUCGAGUGGAACCGGGGAAAGGAACACUGGCAGCAACUGCAGGGCGGUGGAGACGAGGAAGUACUAGAGCAGGGCAGUCUAAUGUCCAACACUCAAGCUGGUACUUCUCCGGGAGAAGCCGCCGAAGGAUCCUCGCCACCCUCUGCAACUUACCCAGGCUCGCACACGAUUCAAGAUUACAUGCAGGGCACGAGUGCAGCGGGAGAGACCCGGUCGGCGAGCGAAAAGACCGCGCGGAAGGCGGGUAGCAACUUGCACGCGUACUCGUCGCUCGUGAUGCAGUCCGGAUGGCCAGUCUUUGUGCUGUUCAAUGACAUCUCCGAAGUGGUCACAGCGAACAUGCUGCCGCACUUGCCGAACCAGUGCGACUUGCUGGAUACGGACUCCGACGUGGCGAAAAAUUCCAACUUGUUGGAGUUCUUCACCAACUACACGAAAGGCGUUUAUGUCGGCGUGGAAAAAGAGCAUCACAUCCCGCUGGUGAAUCCGGACCGCGUCCUGAAAUUCGAGGAGGCCGUGAAACAGUGGGGAAAGAGUAACCAGGGAGAUGUGUUAACGACCGAUAGUAGUACAACUACCGCAGAAGUCACGCAGCGACGGCCGCCCACGGAGGUAGCGCAGGCAAAGGACUUUCAAGGAAGGGCGUUCAGUUCGGAGUCAUCAACAACAUCUCCGACAGCAGACAGUACCGCCACUAGCAGUCGCGCACAGCUCCCGCCUUUACUUGACUUGGAGAAGGUGCUGGUUCGUUCGAGACAAGGGAAUCCCACCUACCGCGCAAAGAUCUCCGUGGACGCGGAGUCUCUACUCAACGACCCGCGGAACUGCCCCUUCGCGCAAGCGGCCGCGGCCUUCGUUGGCGCCUACAAGGAGGUCGACCUGAAAGAUCGGCAGGCGUGGGUGUUCCUCGCGUUCGACUUGCUUAAGUCCUGGGACGCGUUCGCCACGGACCGGUCCGGGUACGACCGCCGUUUUUUCUACGAUUUGCUGACGACACGAUGGCCUAUUUUGCGGUUCCUGGCCAGCUGGUUCGAGGAGCAGCAGGUGUUUCAGUUUCCGGGCCGGUACGACCGCAAAGAACAGCUGCUGCGCGCACUCAAGCAGAACCAAAUUUUCAUGAGUGGGAAGGACUUUCCAGGCAUUCGCUCCAACACGGACCAUGAGACCUGCAGGAAAAAUGAAGAAAAUUUUCUGCCCCACCGGUUUCUCGAAUGGUCCAUGUUUCAAGCGCGCUGGAACCGCGAAGGGACUUAUCCGUUUGCGAAGGUCCGACCUGGUGUGUCUACUCGUCAGACGACCGCUGCACAUGAAGGUACUAGUGAAGAGAGUUCUCAGCAUUUGUGGAAACAAAAAAUUUUGCGGGCCGUUGCCGCAGUGCACGAGACCUUUUCAGACCCCCCGGAUGAACCUGUGCACAACCACGGCGGUUCACCAUUGGCGGCGAAAGAUCCAGGGAGCUUCGCUGUACGGCUGAGGCACCUGCAGGAAGUGCAGGACAAUCUGAAGGGGCUGUUGCUGCGCGGCAAAGAACUCGAGCACAAUCAGAGCUACCUUUGCACCGUGUUACCCAAGCUGGAUGUGGUUUUCGUGGCAGGAUCAAAAGCCGGCGCCGGGUACGGUUCCUUUACCGUCCGGGGUCGCCAGGUCGCCCGGGGCCUGCGCAAGUUUGGUAGGGUCAAGGCAAGAGCGUGGAACUUUGAAUGCACCCAGUACUGUGACCACCUGAAGCAGGCGCACGAGCAGAACGACAAGGAUGUGAAAGAGUACAAGGACGGAGUGCUGCAGGUCAACUGGUACCUCGCACUGUCCGAGGAGGAAAAGAAGACCGCGAGAAUGCCGCCCAUGCCGGAAAUGCCGGUUUUGUUUCAGGACCCGAAUGUGGUGGUGCACGUGAAGAUCCCCUGCAAAUGCUUGUUCGAGCACCUCAGCCUACGGGAGACGAUUCACAUCUUGGAUCCGAUCGAUUUGUUGCUGCAGGACUGGGUGAUGCUCGAGCGAAUGGGGUUUUCGGCGGUGCUGCUACAGACGUCGCUCGCGAGCAGAGACAUGCUCGCGCAUCCGACCCUGUCGGGAGACGGGAAAAAAAGUGCGCUCGGUGAGGACGAGACCAUCGAGCGAACUCUCCACUCCGACCGGGUAUUCGUGUCCGCCGCGUCGUCGGAAGAGCGGGCGGACCAGGAAGUGGGCGACGCGCUUUUAGACCAAGAAGAAAUAAACUUUGCCGUGGAGGCGUUCUCCGCCGCCUUGCUACACGCCGUCACGAUUCAAGAAACGGACGGCGCGUACCAAUUCUGCGAGCUCUUGGAGAAGAUUUGGGCAGCGCUGCGGGACUUGGUGGUGAAAAGCGAGACCGUGCGCAGGUACUUGGACCAACGGUGGUUUGGCGAGAUUCUGUCCGCGACAAGGCUCUUUUCCGCGAACAAGCAGCACUGUGGAGCGACGUCUACGUCGCAUCCGGCACAACAGGAAGAAGGCCUGAAAGAGGUCUGGCCGAUAAAACACCUCGACCGCGCGGGGGCACCCGGCAGCCGGUACCUGCCCGCUCCAGCCGCGGAGCCCCAGAAAGUGGUCUCGCAAGCACCGCCAGCAAUUAUCCCGAUCAACUUCGGUUCAUCAUCACCGUCCUCCGUAGAAGUACACGUAAGGGAGAAGGGCUUCGCUGGGUUCUACUGGCUCCCACUCCACCACAGCAACUUCCAUGAUUUGCGCAACGCGGAGCCCGGGGAAGACAACCCGAAGCAAACGUUCGGGGUGCACAGCACCCAUUACGACAAGGGGCUGUUCGACGAGAUCCAGAAGUUCCUGACCGCCCACACGAACGCGACCUUCCAGCACAUCGAUCCCAACGGGCAGUUUGUGUUCACCGGCGGCCACAUUCUGAGCCCGCAGCAGACCAAAAUCGUGUACAAGACCUUCCAAACGUUCGACUUCACGGCCAUGCGCACCAACCAGAACUGCGACGCCGGGGAGUCCCGGCAGGCGAGCAACAACACCUUUCUGUCGAAGCAGUUCUUCUGCACGCGCUACAAGACCGGGCAGCGACUGCUGAACCACUUCGCGGUCGGCAUUCCCGCGGUCGUGUUCCGAGAAACGGGACCCAUGGACGUUCUGGAGGGGUGGAACGAGGAAGAGGAAGAGGAAAUGCAGCAAGGGACGACGGAGGUAGCGGAGCCAAGUAGAGAAGCGCCAUCUGCUUCAUCGUCUUCAUCUCCAUUGGACGGGAAAGAAUAUCCCUUGCUCGCCUCAUCGGUUCCGGAAGCCCUUGAGAAGGUCGACUUGUAUCUUAACAAGUUUUCGAUCGCGGACAAGAGAAAACUUCGGCGGAAGGUGGUGGGUUUGAGCAAAGAUUACAGCUUGCAAAAUUUGGCCUGGAGGCUGCUUUUUGUCAUCGCCGACAUCGCUGCAAAAACUGGGAAAAUUGACGCGAGGGAUUAAAAGGCCUUUUUUGCCGAACCGGCAAACUGAUGUAACACUAAUGUAUGAAUCGACGCUUUUUUGUGUUGCACGCUACAAGCA